UCCUCAGUGGGUCAAAGUUAUGAAGGCUAAGGGAGUCUGGCAGAGUUCCUGUUCCUCCCAGGCAGAUAUCACAGGGCAGCAGGGCCCGCAACAGAGGACAAACAUCCCACCCAGAGCCAGAUGAGGAGCUGAAGCACCCAGAGGGAACAAGAGCACCAGUUAAUUCUAGGGACGUCUUUCUGUUAUCGUUGUCAGUGCAGAAAAUGCCCUAUGCAGAGAUCACCGUGAAUCUGGGCAAAGUGACGUUGGGAGAAGAGAACAGGAAGGAGAUGACCAACAGUUGUUUGAAAAGGCACGAGAACUCGAGUAUUGUCCAGGCUGUAUGUGCAUUGCUGAAUUCUGGGGGAGGUGUGAUCAAAGCCAAGAUCGAUGACAAAGGCUACAGUUACCGAUGCCAUGGGCUGGGGCAGGAUUUGGAAACUUCCUUUCAAAAGCUCCUCCCAUCGGGUUCACAGAAGCACCUGGACUACAUGCAACAGGACCACGACUUCCUGAUUUUUGUGAAGUCAUGGAGCCCAGAUGCCUCCAGCCUUCCACUGAAGAUUUGCAGCUUACGCUCCAAUAUAUAUCAGAGAGAUGUGACCUCCGCCAUCAACUUGUGUGCCAGCAGUGCCCUAGAGCUUCUUCGGGAGAAAGAGUCUAGAGCCCAAAGAGGUAUCCCUAAGUUACAUUCUCAAGACCACAUCCUCAACAGAACCAUUCAGGAAGAAGAAGAUAUUAAGAUGUGUGCCUUGGAAUUUUUUAAAAAAGAUAAACUCAAUUAUAAGGAGAAGCUUAGCUUCACGGAGUCAACACAUGUUGAGUUUAAAAGGUUUACCACCAAAAAGAUUGUCCCUCGGAUCAAAGAGACACUGGCUCAUUAUGUUUCUGCAUUUGCCAACACUCAGGGGGGAUACAUAAUUAUUGGGGUCGAUGAUAAGAGCAAAGAAGUGUUUGGAUGUAUGAAAGAAAAAGUGAACCCUGACUCACUAAAAACAGAAAUCAAAAACUGCAUAGAAAAGCUACCCACAUACCACUUCUGUCGUGAGAAGCCCAGGGUGAAUUUCACAACCAAAAUUUUGAAAGUUUACCAAAGAGAGGCCCUGUAUGGUUUUGUCUGUGUGGUUCAAGUAGAGCCCUUCUGUUGUGUCGUGUUUGCAGAGGACCCAGAUUCCUGGAUCAUGGAGAACAAUAUUGUUACGAGGCUGAAGGCUCAACAAUGGGUGGAGAUGAUGCUGGCUAUUCAGUCAGAUCCCUCCGGCUUUCCCACAACCGCUGACAGUGCUCACCCGAUGUCACCAGCUUUGUCUGCACCGGGAAGGCCAGCGUAUCUCACUAAAGUCCUGGAACAUAAGGAGACCCUGCAGCGCCGUUUCUUUCCAGUGACACAGGAAAACCUACAAUUUCAUCCAGAAUGCCUCUGCAAGAAGCUGUUCUCAGACCAUGAAGGACUGGAGGACUUACUGAAGACACAGACACACCCUUGUUCUCAUGGGAUUGUGAUAUUUUCCAGAAGCUGGGCUGGCGAUAUUGGUUUAACGAGAGAAGAGAAGGUCCUGUGUGAUGCUCUCCUCGUAGCAGUCGGCAGCCCUCUGGUACUCUAUACAGUCUUAACAGACCCCAGUUGGCUUGGAGGAUCUGACUAUACUCAGAACACUGCCCUUCAGUUAAAGAGGCGGCUACAAACCCUCGGAGGCUACAGAGGCAAAGUGUGUGUCAUUCCAAGGGUGAUAUGUCUGCCUGGCAGAGGGUCCAGGCCUGAUCCGUCCCCUGUGUACCCCCGAGCCUACAAGCUGUCCAGUAGCGCUGAAGUGGAGGAUUUGCUCCAGAGCUUAGUGCUGGUCUCACUGUGCUCCAGAUCGGUGCUGAGUGACCAGUUGGGCUGCGAGUUCUUCAAGCUGUGCAUAGAAGAGGAAGCCAGAGCACUGUCCAGGAACCUCCGGGAAACCCGGGAACUGUUCAUCCACUGCCUUCCAGGAACCAGGAAGACAGCCCUUGCCAUAAAGAUGGUGGAGAAAAUUAAGGAUAUGUUCCACUGCAAACCCAAAGAGAUCCUCUAUGUUUGUGAAAAUGACUCCCUGAGGGAUUUUGUGAUGCAACAGGUCACCUGCCGAGCCGUGACCCGGAGGGCCUUCAUGAGAGAAGAGUUUCCAAAGGUUAAACACAUAGUGCUGGAUGAGACGGAGAAUUUCUGCAGUAGACAUGGUGACUGGUACGAGAAGGCUAAAAGCACCACCCAUCCAAAAGCAAGCGGGGAACGCCUUCACCACGGGAUCCUCUGGCUUUUUCUGGAUCCUUUCCAAACCCGGCACCCAGGUGCUAGUGGCCUUCCAGCUCCUUCCGCUCAGUUUCCUCGAAAAAUGAUCACCAGUGAGAUCCACUGUGCUGUGGAAAUUGCUAAGGUAAUGAAAGAUGAAAUGAAGAGGAUCCAAGAAAACCCUCCCUCCAACGGAUCUCCAGACACUCUGGCAAUGUUCCAGGAGGUUCCCUAUGAGGAAGCAAUGUGUGCCCAGGCUCUGCCUGGCGUGUGUGAGAUCAAGGCUAACCUGACACCGGGACAAAUAGCCAGCUAUGUGGCAGAAAAAUGUCACAGCCUGUUCCACGAAGGAUAUCGGCCCCAAGACAUAGCCAUUCUGUACAGGAGAUGGGAAGACAGAGGACAGUAUAAGGAGGCGUUGCUAAGAGCAAUGGCCCGUGGGACAAUGGAGGUCUCUUUCAACAGUGCUGCUGAUAUUUGUGCUGAUGGUGUCAUUUUCGACAGUGUCGAGCAGUUCUCAGGCAUGGUCAGGAAUAUUGUGUUUGGGCUUAGUACUGAAUCUGUGCACUCAGAAGGCGUUCAUAAACUCUGCUUUGCCUCAAGAGCCGUUAAACACCUCUACUUGCUGUAUGGAGGGAGGACGGCUUUCUGAAACUAUUGUAGAUAACACAGGAAGUCAAACAAGAACACGCUCGCCUCCCAAACAGGUGGUGGCUCCUUUUUAAUACCACAAGUUAAUGAAUGAAGGUGCAUUGUUAAGGCCUGGAGCCACAGAGAUGUGUUUUGGGAAUGAGUCACCCUACUAGCGGCGGCUGAACCCUUUGCUCAGUCCACUUCUUUUUCCCAGUGACAAGGCAAUUGGUUCUCUGCCUCCAGUCUUCCUGAUCCAAUCCAGCUUUCAUUCUGUCACCCAAAGAGCCUAAAACAGAGUGCAAAUUUUAUGAAAUUCUCUGCUCCAGGCAGUUCCUGCAGCCCACGGGCAGAAUCCAUUUCUGAGGCUCUCUACUGUAUUGACUUUUUCUUCUGACCCCAUCCUUGAUCAUGUCUCUAACUCCCAGCAUUUCUAAUGGGUUCCCUCAUCUGUAGCUGUUUUGGGAGUGAUGGUAGGAUGUCCUUUAGACCAACUCCUUGGAUUGGGUGUCUUGAAAGCAGUAUCUGGGCUAGCAUCUCAUGCUGGCUGUGGGGCUCAAGAUUUACAGGAGCAUCCUUAGUUGGUUUUUUUUCCCCCAUCAAGUCUCAAUUAGCCUCUUGGCAUUGGCUUUCUGUUAACCAAGGUCACAGAAGACAAGCAUGUGAGUGAAAGUGUCACUCAGUUACUUUACAGUGUGAACUAGCCAGUGGACUAGGGGUACUUUGCUAAUUUUUAUAUUCAUCAAGAACAUAGGAAGCCAAGUGAUAUGAGCAGAGCCUUACAGUAAAAGUAGCUGGAGGAGCAUCUGAACCUAUGACCUGCUGUGCCAGGCAUGGACUGAACAGAAGAAUCCCUAGCAACUAACCAUAUGGUGGUGGUGGUGGUGCUUCUUCUUCUUCUUCUUCUUCUUCUUCUUCUUCUUCUUCUUCUUCUUCUUCUUCUUCUUCUUCUUCUUCUUCUUCUUCUCCUCUUCCUCCUCCCCUCCUCCUCCUCUUCCUCCUCCCCUCCUCCUCCUCCUUCUCCUUCCUCCUCUUCCUCCUCCUCCCCUCCUCCUCCUUCUUCUUCCUCCUCCUCUUCUUCCUCCUCCCCCUCCUUCUCCUUCUCCCUCUCUCCUUAUAUUGCUACACUGUCUUAAUAUCAUAAAUACUACAACUAGUGUAAUAAUCAAGAUAAAAGAGUUGCUUGUGGUGCGAUGUGAACUCCUAAAACAUUGUUGGAGGACAACAAGAAUAUGAUCAUACCAGCUUAAGGAAUUAAAAAAGAAAAGAAAAAGCGCCUGAACAUCUCAUGAGCCAGGUGUAUUCUUUUUCAUUUUUGCUUAUUUCCAUGCCUUUUUGAUGUUUUAUGCACAUUGCAAGUUCUGCAAUAAAUUUUAUAUUCUACACA